CUUGCUUUUUUUGUUCCAGUAUCAAGAUAAAGAGGAAGUUGUCUUAUGGAUGAAUACUGUUGGGCCCUACCAUAAUCGCCAAGAGACAUAUAAGUACUUUUCACUUCCAUUCUGUGUGGGGUCAAAAAAAAGUAUCAGUCAUUACCAUGAAACUCUGGGAGAAGCACUUCAAGGAGUUGAAUUGGAAUUUAGUGGUCUGGAUAUUAAAUUCAAAGAUGAUGUGAUGCCGGCCACUUACUGUGAAAUUGACUUAGAUAAAGAAAAGAGAGAUGCAUUUGUGUAUGCUAUCAAAAAUCACUACUGGUACCAGAUGUACAUAGAUGACUUACCAAUAUGGGGUAUUGUUGGUGAAGCAGAUGAAAAUGGAGAAGAUUACUAUCUUUGGACCUACAAAAAACUUGAAAUAGGUUUUAAUGGAAAUAGAAUUGUUGAUGUUAAUCUAACUAGUGAAGGAAAGGUGAAACUAGUUCCCAAUACUAAAAUCCAGAUGUCAUAUUCAGUAAAAUGGAAAAAGUCAGAUGUAAAAUUUGAAGAUCGAUUUGACAAAUAUCUUGAUCCGUCCUUUUUUCAACACAGGAUUCAUUGGUUUUCAAUUUUCAACUCCUUCAUGAUGGUUAUAUUCUUGGUGGGCUUAGUUUCAAUGAUUUUAAUGAGAACUUUAAGAAAAGAUUAUGCCCGGUACAGUAAAGAAGAAGAAAUGGAUGACAUGGAUAGAGACCUAGGAGAUGAGUAUGGAUGGAAGCAGGUACAUGGAGAUGUGUUUAGACCAUCAAGUCACCCGCUGUUAUUUUCCUCUCUUAUUGGUUCUGGAUGUCAGAUAUUUGCUGUGUCUCUCAUUGUUAUUAUUGUUGCAAUGAUAGAAGAUUUAUAUACAGAGAGGGGAUCCAUGCUCAGUACAGCCAUAUUUGUCUAUGCUGCUACAUCUCCAGUGAAUGGUUAUUUUGGAGGAAGUCUGUAUGCUAGACAAGGAGGAAGGAGAUGGAUAAAGCAGAUGUUUAUUGGGGCAUUCCUUAUCCCUGCUAUGGUGUGUGGCACUGCCUUCUUCAUCAAUUUUAUAGCCAUUUAUUACCAUGCUUCAAGAGCCAUUCCUUUUGGAACAAUGGUGGCCGUUUGUUGCAUCUGUUUUUUUGUCAUUCUUCCUCUAAAUUUAGUUGGUACAAUACUUGGCCGAAAUCUGUCAGGUCAGCCCAACUUUCCUUGUCGUGUCAAUGCUGUGCCUCGUCCCAUACCGGAGAAAAAAUGGUUCAUGGAGCCUGCAGUUAUUGUUUGCCUCGGAGGAAUUUUACCUUUUGGCUCAAUCUUUAUUGAAAUGUAUUUCAUCUUCACAUCUUUCUGGGCAUAUAAGAUCUAUUAUGUCUAUGGCUUCAUGAUGCUGGUGCUGGUCAUCCUGUGCAUUGUGACCGUCUGUGUGACCAUCGUGUGCACGUACUUUCUACUAAAUGCAGAGGAUUAUAGGUGGCAAUGGACAAGUUUUCUCUCUGCUGCAUCAACUGCAAUCUAUGUUUACAUGUAUUCCUUUUACUACUAUUUUUUCAAAACAAAGAUGUAUGGCUUAUUUCAAACAUCAUUUUACUUUGGAUAUAUGGCGGUAUUUAGCACAGCCUUGGGGAUAAUGUGUGGAGCAAUUGGUUACAUGGGAACAAGUGCCUUUGUCCGAAAAAUCUAUACUAAUGUGAAAAUUGACUAGAGACCCAAGAAAACCUGGAACUUCGGAUCAAUUUCUCUUUCAUAGGGGUGGAACUUGCACAUCAAAAAAAGCGCAAGAAGAGAUUUGGGCUUUAACACUGGGUACUUUAUGGGUCUCUCUUUUGUGGAUGACUUAAAGUAACAUCUAUUUCCAUUGAUCCUAGGUUCUUACUGACUGCUUUCUCCAGCUGUUCACAGCAAAUGCUUGGAUUUUAUGCAGUAGGCAUUACUACAGUACAUGGCUAAUCUUCCCAAAAACUAGCUCAUUAAAGAUGAAAUAGACCAGCUCUCUUCAGUGAAGAGGACAAAUAGUUUAUUUAAAGCAUUUGUUCUAAUAAAAUAAAUAGAGGGAAACUUGGAUGCUAAAAUUACAUGAAUAGAAAUCUUCCUGGCACUUAGUGUUUCUACGUUAUUGAAAAAUGAUGUUCCAGAAAGAUUACUUUUUUCUCUUAUUUUUACUGCCAUCGUCAACCUAUUGUGGGACAUUUUUAUAUAUUGGAUCUAGGUUCUUUUUUGACCUUUUUUUUUUUUUUUCAAUUCAAGUGCAUCCUUUUUUUUAAGAGAGAGUUAAAAAAUAUUAAAUCCUGCAUGUAAUAUAUCUGCUGUCAUCUUAGUUGGACCAACUUCCCAUUUAUUUAUCUUAAAACUAUCCAGUUACAUCUUAAUUCCAUCCAAAGAAGAUACAGUCUGAAGAUAGAGGUGUACUUUCUACAAUGCAAUUUACUGUACAGUUAGAAAGCAAAGUGUUAAAUGGAGAAGAUAUUUGUUUUUAUUAAACAUUUUGAGAUUUAGAUAAACUACAUUUUAACUGAAUGUCGAAAGUGAUUAUCUCCCCCCCGCCAAGUUAGUCUUACAUCUUUUUUGGGUUUGAAUGAAGGUUUUACAUAAGAAAUUAUUAAAAACAAGGGGGGUGGGUAAUAAAUGUAUAUAACAUUAAAUAAUGUAACGUAGGUAUAGAUUCCCAAAUGGAUUUGGAUGUACAGAUUGACUACGGGGUACUGUUUUCUGAUGAUGAUUGGUGUAGAAGUGUGUGAAUUGGGGUGGCUUUUUACAUCCUGCCUACCACUGCAUGAAACUUUGGGGUUUCUUCAAAAUGUGCGUGUUAUACUUCUUUUGGGAGGGGGGAUUGUUUUCUUCUGUUUAUUUUCUGAGACUCCUACAGGAGCUAAAUUUGUAAUUUAGAAACAUUUAAUUUUGUUAAUCCUGUCUGGGGCACUUAAGUAACAUCUAGAGCGUUACUGCUUUAGAAGGUUAAAAUAAAAUUUCCUGACCAAA